AUGCUCGCGGCCAUCGCCACCCUCAUCGUCGACACCAUUGCCACGGGAUACUUCCAGCGCGCGCACGCCAAGAAUACAUCCGCGGCCGUCGGGUACGUGGAGGCCUCCGACUCCGAGCAGGCGCACGGUGGGCACUCCCACGGCGUGUCCGCCGUCAUCGUGUCGUCAUUCUCCGACGACGGCGCGAAGCUCAUCCGUCACCGCGUCAUCUCGCAGGUGCUGGAGCUGGGGAUCAUAGUGCACUCGGUGAUCAUCGGCAUGUCUUUGGGUGCAUCUGAGAAUGCCAGCACGAUCAAACCACUCGUGGUGGCGCUAACUUUUCAUCAAUUCUUCGAAGGGAUAGGGCUGGGAGGAUGCAUCGUUCAGGCUAGGUUUCGCCUCAAGUCUGUCUUGAUGAUGGCACUCUUCUUCUCACUCACGCUGCCAGUUGGUGUCGUGAUCGGCAUCGGGAUAUCCUCUGCUUACGACGAGAAUAGCCCUAGGGCCCUAAUCGUGGAAGGGCUCCUCAGCGCUGCCGCCGCCGGAAUUCUGAACUACAUGGCGCUCGUCGACCUUCUAGCGGAAGACUUCAUGAAUCCUAGGGUGCAGAACAACGGAAGGUUGCAGGUCAUCAUUAACAUCUCCUUGCUGGUUGGGACGGCUCUCAUGUCCAUGCUUGCUGUAUGGGCAUGA